AGCCGCGGGGCCGCCUCCCGGCAUGAGGAGCUGCAAGAUGGUGCGGGUGGCCAGCGUGCUGGGGCUGGUGAUGCUCAGCAUCGCGCUGCUCAUCCUCUCCCUCAUCAGCUACGUCUCGCUCAAGAAGGACAACAUCUUCGGCGCACCCCGCGCCGCCGGCCCGGGGGGGCCCCGCAUGUACAUGUUCCACGCGGGAUUCAGGUCCCAGUUCGCGCUGAAGUUCCUGGACCCCUCGUUCGUCCCCAUUACAAAUUCGCUGGGCCAAGAGCUGCAGGAGAAGCCCUCCAAGUGGGUGUUCAACCGGACGGCAUUCGCACAGCAGAGACAAGAAAUCCUUCAGCACGUCGAUGUCAUAAAAAAUUUUUCUUUGACCAAGAAUAGUGUUCGGAUUGGACAGCUGAUGCAUUAUGAUUAUUCCAGCCAUAAGUAUGUUUUUUCCAUAAGCAAUAACUUCAGAUCGCUGCUUCCAGAUGUGUCACCAAUCUUGAAUAAACAUUACAACGUUUGUGCCGUGGUUGGAAACAGUGGAAUCCUGACUGGGAGUCAGUGUGGGCAAGAAAUAGAUAAGUCUGAUUUCGUUUUUCGCUGCAAUUUUGCUCCAACUGAGGCAUUCCAAAAAGAUGUUGGGAGGAAAACCAAUCUCACAACCUUCAACCCCAGCAUCCUGGAGAAGUAUUACAACAAUCUUUUGACCAUUCAGGAUCGCAACAACUUCUUUCUGAGCUUAAAAAAGCUUGAUGGGGCGAUUCUUUGGAUCCCUGCUUUCUUCUUCCACACGUCAGCAACGGUCACAAGAACACUGGUUGACUUCUUUGUUGAGCAUCGAGGCCAACUAAAGGUCCAGUUGGCUUGGCCAGGAAAUAUAAUGCAGCAUGUUAACAGAUACUGGAAGAACAAACACUUGUCACCCAAGCGGCUGAGCACAGGUAUUCUCAUGUAUACCCUUGCUUCUGCCAUAUGUGAAGAGAUUCACUUGUAUGGAUUCUGGCCCUUCGGGUUUGAUCCCAACACAAGGGAGGACCUCCCAUACCACUACUAUGACAAGAAAGGAACCAAGUUCACCACCAAGUGGCAAGAGUCCCACCAGCUGCCUGCAGAGUUCCAGCUGCUCUACAGGAUGCACGGUGAAGGACUGGCCAAACUGACCUUGUCGCGUUGUGCCUAAGAACCUAAAUCUUGAAGUGCCAAAUGAUUGUCUAAAAAAGUGCCCAAAUCUGAGUUAAAUGCUCUUCAGAUACAAUUCUAAAAAAAAAAAAAAAAAAAAAAAAAAUCCACCCUAAAAAUAUUUUCCAUAAUAUGCAGAUGCUUUUUAAUCACCCUUGUCACCGUUCAUCAAAGGGUCUCAGCACAUUUAGCAAUGCAGAAGCACUUAUCAAAUUCUGUGGAUGCUAUUCAUGCAGCAGCACAGCAAAGUUGAAGUAUUUUGCUUUUAUAUAUAUGCUAUGAAAUACGUUUUAAAAUGUUUUCAUAUUUCAGCAUCCCACUACAUGCCUGUAAACAUCCUAUUUCGAUUGUUCCUUUCAGAUUAGGAUUAGAAAGUCUGAUUUUACAAGGCAUUGCUUUUCUCGUACACGUAGCUGUGAGUAGCUCAGCAUACAUAGACUUGCCGUGGCCAAUUGGAAGAGCCACCCCAAACCCCAGCUCACUGCCAUUUACAAGUUCCUCAUUGUGGAACUCCAUUUCCACUGCUUGCGUAUUUUCGGAUUUACUGAAUUUUACAUUUUUUUAAGAACAACAAUGGAGAAGGUCAAAAUACGGCUUGUACCUGGCUUCCCCAUCCCUCUGUGUGUGCCACUGCUGUAUGCUGGGGGGGGGAGAGGUGAGGGAUUCCCAGCCCAGUUAGCUGUACAGGACUGUGUCCCACCCCCACCAGCCCGAGGGGGAGAUGGAGUGAGGUCAGGGCAGCCCAGUUUCUGAGAAAUGGCCUUGAGUGGGAAUGUGGAGAGCAGGAGAUGUGAUGCCCAGAGUCCUGGUUUACAUCACCAAGUCCACGGUCAGACAACUGACUUGGCAGUCUCGUGUUCUGGUCAAAAGCAGAUAUUUGGGGAGAUGGAGCUUUCUAGGUACCUUUGAAGGUCGGACUGGUUGCAAGAAGGACAAACCAUAGGGUUUCUUGUGUUUGAAAAUCUUGGCCAUGAUGUCUCAGGAUAAAGGAGUCUGUAAAGCAACUGUUCUUUUUUAUUAAAACGAGUAUGCUUCAAAGUAUUUUAACACUUUUGUAUUAUUCCUUAUGACACUGAGAACUGACUAUACAUGGAAAGACGGUGCAAAAGGCAACUCAAAACCAUGCCUUAGCAGUGCACAUUUUAGUGCACAGCGCCCACGCUUUGGGGGAAAAGUGACUGCACCUGGCACGCGACCAAAUUGGGCGUAUUCCAGCAGGGAGGGAAACCUCACCCCUCUGCACUGCCUGUAAAUAUGAGAUUUUUAAAGCCAUUUUGAAAAUGCCCCGUACUCCCUUGUUUUAUUUAUUUUCUGGCUUUUACUUUGGCAACGGGCAUUCGGAGCUGCAAAGGGGCUCGGAUGCUCUCCGGCACCGCCAGCCUGGCGCCCACGCCUUCAGGCGCGCUGUGCAGGAUGCUGAUGGCUGCAAAGUUCCCUUCCCAGGGCACAGUCCCACAUGAGAUCUCGGGCACCGCUGCCUUGCCCCGCUGCCUGCUCUCGUCACUGCUCGUACAGCAGAGCAUGACUUGCAGCAAACGUCCUCGUGGAGACAUCGCUGUGUAGCAAUGCUAGUGCUGUGCUGUGAGGUGCCAUGUGGUUUCUAAUAUUGCUGUUCAUUAUCUGUGUUCUAGCAGCAGAGGAGCAGGGGCAGGGAGCACCCAUCCCAGCUGGACACUGUUCCCUGGGUGCCUGGAACACAACCAAAAGCAAAAACUGCACGGGGCAGGGAGGGUUCUGUGCCAGUCAUUAAUGAUGUACGGUGAUUAAUCAUUUCCAGUGUAAUUUGCUGUUGAGCUGUACUGUAGAUGCAUGCUGGCUAAGCCCCGGAUCGCUUUGCAGCUCAUGGUGGUGUGCAGACGGGAGCCCUGGGGAUAGAGGGGCCGUGGUCUGGGAUGCAGCACAGGGCCCCUGCUCAAUGGCAGGUGUUUUAAUUAAAAGGCAGGCUAUCAAUUUUAUGUAGGAAGCGAUCAUUUCUAUUAGCAAAUUAAAGAAAUAUGGACAAUUAUCAUUAUAUUUGCUUGAAUGUGGAUGCUGAUGCACUCUGUACAGUUUUCUGGCUCUGAGAGGCGCUUGGCUGCUGUGUGUUGUUUACAUGGCACAACAACUUUAACGUAGACGUAAGGGUGUCCGCCUGUCCGUCUGUCCUGACAGCACUUAACUUCUGUCCAUUCAAAAUGACUGCUCUCGAGCACCCACGUUGGAAGAUAAUGAGUAAAAAUUAUGUGCUGAAACCAAAAAUUACCCCAAGAUUGUCCUUCAAUUUUUCUUUUUUAUUUAAAAAAGUAAAUGUCUUCCCUAAUCUCAAUAAAGAUAGAAAGGCUGUCCACCUUGUGGAUCUGUGUUCUCCUGGCGGUGCUGUCCCCAGCCACUGCUUCUUGGGGGUUGAACUGGAUCGAGGGGCCUACACAAAAGUUGGGGAGGGACUUUUUACAAGGGCAUGUAGUGACAGGACAAAGGGAAAUGGCUUUAGACUCUCAGAGGGUAGAUGUAGACUAGAUAUUUAGGAAGAAAUUCUUUACCGUGAGGGUGGUGACGCACUGGAAUAUGUUACCCAGUGAGGUUGUGAAUGCCCCAUCCCUGGAAGCACUCAAGACCAGGCUGGAUGGGGCUGUGAGCAACCUGGUGUGCUGGGAGGUGUCCCUGCCUAGAGCAGGGGGUUGGAACUAGGUGGUCUUAAAGGUCCCUUCCAACCCAAACCAUUCUAUGAUUCUGCGAUUCUAUGAUCUCCUUCCAACCCCAACGAUUCUGUGAUUCUCUGUUGAGAUCAGUGAAGUUGCAUGGUCUUCAGCAGGCAUGGCCACACUACCGAGUGUGCCUACAUUGUUGAGAACACCAGAAUGGGAAGCUCGUACAUGCACUGGCUUUGCUCCACUUCCUUUAGUUGGGCAAAAGGGGCACCCCUGAAGAUUGCUCCCAGCUGUGGUGCAAGGCCCAAGGCAGAGGAUCAUGGGGCAGUCUUGGGGCUCUGCUCCCAGGACAGAGGGAUCAGUGCCAGUCCCAAGACAUGGCCAUCGCCACUGAGCUGCAUAGAAGCUCGAGGUGUGGAGAAGGAAGCAUGGAAACUGAGCUGCAAAUAUUUGGAAGUGGGAACACAGAAAAAUUAUUGACAAAGGGCCAUAUUAUAUCAUUGAUUUUUAAGCAAAACUCCCCAUUGAUUUUUCAAAACCGCAUUGAACAUUUCAGAAUCAUUGAUUUUAAUGGGGAGUUCUGCCCCAAAAUCAAUGGCACAAUACAGCCCAAAGUAAAUUGCUUCUUAGUAUCAAUAUUUUUUGUCGGAGCUGUUGCAAUGUGGAAAACCGUCUUUAAAAUGUGCAUCCUUUGUUUCUGCCUGUUUUCUUAGACCUCUUUGAAUUCUGCUUUUCUUUGGAAUCUGAAGGGGAAGGGCAGUUGUGCUGGCUGGGCUUCACUCCCACGCCCUGCUCCCAGGCUGGGUUCUGUGCAGACCCCUGGGUUGGGGUCUCAGUGCUUUGCCUGGUGCCCGUCAGCCCCCACGAGCCAUCCAGGUUGUGCUGCUGGAGGUGAGGUGCUGGCACCUGCAUCCAGGAGGAGUUGGGGGGGGGGGGGGGUUGGGUUGCGUCUCAAAGAGGUGACAACCCAAAUGUGUAGACAAGAAAAGGAAUGAGAAACAGUUGGUCCUUGAAUCAGUGUCUGUUCAGGGUAGGAAAUACUGCUUUUGUUAAAAAAGAAAGCGUGCUCCUGCCCAGCAAGGCUGGCUCUCUGCUGCAGGAGCUGCCAGAUGCAGCCCUUGUGUUUAGGACAGCAAAUCCUCUCUGUAUUUGCUAGCAUGUUGGCUAGACUCUUCCUUCCCUUUUGCUUGGUCCAAAACCUUCCCGUCGCUGUCUAUCUAAAUGAAUUCCUGAUGGUUCAGGGAAAAUACUCACUAUUAUUGCUGAAUGUCUAGACAAACAAAUAUAGCUAAAUGAAAGCACACGUAAUGCAGUGUGAUCAAUACUUGCAAGUACAGAGCCUUUCAGUUUACAAAGUGAGGAGGAGCUCUGGGCAAAGGGCUCCUGGUGGCAGCCAUGGCGUGAUGGAACUGCAGGGACAUGGGGAUACGGCGGUGGUGGUGCUGGGAUGGGGCCAUCAAGCAGAGAAUGGAAGGAGGAGGUGUACAUAGAAUGGGGAUAGGUGUGCUACCUUUCCUUCUCUUUACAUUCUUGUUUGGUAUUUUAUUUGCUUGCAUCUUUUCAGUGAAUGGUAGUAGGAUACACUAAGAAAAACACAGACGUUUUGGCUUCCGGUUUGAAUUGUGGAGUAUACCAAAAAAGUAUUCGUGAAAUAUAACUAACUGUGAAUGAAGGUUGCAAAAACAAACCAUUUAGAAAGCAGGUUCUCUGUAAAUGAAUGUGUCUUUAUUCUAAUGGCUAUACAGUUCAAUGCCUGAUGGGGUUGUUUUCAAUAAAAAGAUAAAUGCUAAAAAAAAAAUAUAAUAAUAAAAAAGAUGCCAUAAUUGUAAUAAAGGGUUCGUUAUUUAAUGGCCAUACUGAAAGCAUUAUUUAUUUUUAAAAGGCUGGUGUUGAUAAAGGGCCAGAGUAGUGUCUCAGGUGAAUGGCAUGCAAGGCUGCACACGCUGUGAAACGUGUCCCGAGCAGAACUGCUGCUUGGCCCUGCUCCCCUCGGGCCCCUGUUGGCCUCAGGGCAACCAGGAUGGGGCCAGCUUUGUCCCACAGGGGUGGACGUGGCCUGCACAGUGUAUGGUGCAUGUAAAUACGUCGUCACAUUUGUGAGCAAGGAGCCUGGUUCUUGUUGUAACGGAGUGCCGCGUCGUGACCAUCGUUUGUGGAGAAAUAAACGCGAUGAUUCAUUCUGAAUCUUUCAGCAAUGUUAUUGUUUGGUGUGAAUGUGCCUGCAACAUUGACUCAUGUGCCAAAACAAGAUAUUGAAUGCAUUGUUUUUAAAUAAAAUAUUUUAUUGUGCAUUGAAAGUCUGUAAAACU